AUGAUUCGCAUCACUGGUGCGCCAGCCGGUCGCAUUCUCUGGCCGCGGCGGGGCGGCGGCGCGGCGGCCCGCGAGGAUCGCCCGCCGCCGCAUCUGAACAUUUGCUCCAACUCGCGGGCUAUUUCCACGUCCACAUGUGCGCAUCCAUUCGGCGACGCCGAUACGAAAUCCUGUUCCGGCGGCUUUUUGCCCGUGCGUUUCCCCAGUUUCGGGGAACGGCAAACGCAAAAAGGUCGAGAUUCGCCUCCAGCCGUUCGUACAGGUUUUGUCGCGGAUUUUUAUGCGCGCGGCAUCGGCCGGGGCUGCGCU